UGGACGGAAAGAUAAAUUGUACGAAUCGUUCGAUUGCUACCAGAAUAAGCUGAGCUGUAUAUUUCGUUGCCUCAGUUACUACCCACUACUAAUUUUAUUUACAACGAGUGAAAAGACAUUUCAAUUUUCUUUACUUGAAAUUAUUGUUUGUAUUUAAUAUGCCAGUGGACCGCACUCCGCCUAAUACAGAUUUAACGCAUUAUGCUUCGGACCCUAACAUUAGUGAACGGCUGGAUGAUGAGUCGAUGUUUUCGCAGAUUACGAGUCGUAUUAAGAGAAAACGCGAACAAUCUAAUGAGAAAUCGGAUUUCAGUGAUUUUCAACAAAGGCUUUUUAAAUUGUUCCAAGAUCUGAAAGAACACCAACAAGAAAAUUAUGCCAAUAUGCAAAGUACAAUGGAGGAACUUAAAUCUCAAAACCUAAGGCUACAGGAAAGUGUAAAAUUUGUCGCGGCGAAGUAUGAGGAAGUAAUGACUAAGCUGAAAAAAAUAGAAGAUGACAGGAAAGAGGAUAGUAAUUAUAUUACAACAAUUAGAAGGAAAAGUAGAAUAUUUGGAGCAACAAUUACGAUCUGGCAGCUUAGAAAUUUGAAAUAUACCUAAGAAAAAUCAGGAAAAUAAACAACAUUUAUG